GUCCGAUCUUCCAUCGUACACGAUUCAUAUCCUGAGUAACCCUGAUGCAAAAGCUGACUUCACGAAUAUUGAUGAUCUAGCCAGCUUCCUGGUCAAAACCAUAGAUCAUCCGGAAGUCUCGGAGAACAUGGAGCUGAAUUUCAUUAGUGGCCAUAUCAGCCAUAACGAGAUUGCGGCCCUAUUAGAAAACUGCUCCCGCAGGAAGGUGGAGAAAAUUAUAAUGCCAAUGGAGGUUAUGCGUCAUGUUUGGAAGAACAAGGAAGAAAUCCCGGAGGAUCUGAAAGGAAAGAGUGUGGUUCCGGAUGACUUCUGGCUCUUGGUGAAAGGGAUGCAAGGAUUAGGCAGAUUCUGGAGGCCACCGGGGCAAGUACAUAAUGAUUUGUUUACGAAUGUGAAGACGAUGACUUUUGAGCGGUGUCUCGAGAAUACUUUUGGCUCUCAAUAGUUUGUCAGCUGUUGGCAUUCUCUCCGAAAGAAUGUACGUGUAGUCA